AUGAAGCAGGGAGCGUGCUGGUAUUGGGAAAAAUAUCAUUCUCCUCCGUCCAUGGGUCGUUUGCGGCAAAAAGGAAAGGCUGGCGCAGCGAAGGCAUACGUUACUCGCUCGGCGGCCAUUAAAAAGCUUCAGUGCUCUCUAGCGGAUUUCCGUCGGCUAUGCAUCCUCAAGGGUAUCUUCCCCCGGGAACCCAAAAGCAGGAAGCGGGCUAACAAGGGAUCGUCCGCCCCGACAUCCUUCUACUACGCCAAAGACAUCGCCUACCUUGCCCAUGAACCAGUAUUGAAAAAAUUGCGAGAACACAAGGCUUUCGCCAAAAAACUUUCUCGAGCACUGGGACGGGGAGAGUGGGGAGACGCGAAGACAUUGGAGGAGAACAAGCCGGUGUACAGAUUGGACCAUAUCAUCAAGGAGCGAUAUCCAACCUUCAUCGACGCCGUCCGGGACAUCGACGAUGCGCUUUGCAUGGCCUUCUUGUUUGCUUCAUUACCUUCCAAUCCUCGACUGCCUGCAUCUCUGACGGAGAACUGUGCUCGUCUCGCUGCAGAGUGGCAGCUGUACGUGAUGCACACACGAUCGCUGCGCAAAGUUUUCCUUUCCAUUAAGGGUGUGUAUUACCAGGCGGAAGUCUGUGAUCAGACCGUAACAUGGCUUGUGCCCUAUCAAUUUACCCAGACUAUCCCUUCAGAUGUGGACGUUCGUGUCAUGCUCACAUUCCUCGAGCUCUACCAAACCCUUCUCGGCUUCGUAUGCUUCAAGCUGUAUACCGAUGUUGGUCUCGUCUACCCGCCCCCCUUGGACAAUACCAAGGACGAAACUGGAGCCGGGGUCGGUGCUUUCAAUCUGCAAAACGCGGGUCAGGUGACUGCGCCAUCGGUUUCGAAGACCAAGGUCGUCGAGGUCGAGGGCCGCAAGAUCUCGAGCAAGGAUGUCCGUCAGGCAAUCAAGAGCAUGGCUGGUGCAGAGACAGAUGAGGCGGAGGACACCAUUCCCGAUGCGAAUGAAAUGGAUGUGGAUGAAGCUGACGAGGAGUUCGUACCCCAACAAUCCACAUCGGAGCCCCAGACGACAGCCCCGUUACCGACUCUGAAGGCAUUGGAGGCUCUCCCUCAAAGCCUGACGACGUCACUCUUCUCCCCAUACUCGUUUUGGCUUUCAAGGGAAACGUCAAGGCCAAUCUUCGAAUUUCUCAUCCGUUCGUUUGGUGGCCGAAUAGGCUGGCCUUCAUCCUCUGGCAGCGGCUCUCCCUUCGACGAGUCAGACGAGUCGAUCACCCACGUCAUCAUCGACCGACCUGUGGUUGAAAGGACAAAUGAGACCGCAGAAGAGCGGGAGCGACGGCUGAGGAGAAAAUACGUCCAGCCCCAGUGGGUUGUCGAUUGCAUCAAUGCUGGGAAGAUCCUGCUCGAGGAACCCUAUUUGCAGGGCAGCACGCUGCCCCCUCACCUGAGUCCCUUUGGGGAGUACCAGGGCGCGUAUGAUCCGAGCUCUGCUGCCGCUGUCGGUGUCGAGGAGGACCUCGAGAGUGAGGUUGAAGAUGAUGCCGUCAUGGAGGAGGACGAAGAUCAGAGUGCUGAGAAGUCAGCCUUACGCGCAGCUGCCGCUGCCACGGACGACGCAGCUCUUCGUGCAGCCGAACUCGCGGCUGAGGCUGCCGGCGUCGACUACGGCGAUUUCGAGAAGGAGGUCCGCAAGUCCCGCAAGAAGACAAGUGCGCCCAAGGAGACUGGCGACGAAGCUGAGAAGGACAUGAACAAGAUGAUGAUGAGCAACAAACAAAAGAAGCUGUACGAGAAGAUGAAGUACAGUCAGAACAAGAAAACAGCUGAGCGUACAAAUCUGGAGGAAAAGAAGCGCAAGUUAGUGAAGAACGCGCGGCGGGAGGCCAAAGCAGGCUAGAUACAGUAGACUUGUCGUAUUCCUCCAUUCAUUCUCUCGCUGUGGUGGCCGUGCCUGAGACUGGAACCGGCAGCCGUCUGACGUAUCUGGACUGACGAAUGCGGUAACUUUGAUGCCACCGCUUGUCAGGCUACUGCCGUUCCUGGUCUGCCACUUCCUUGCUUGUCUACUGCAUGGGUCGUUUCUCUCUCGGGCAGGGCAACGCUCAAGAUACUCCUCCACCGUACAAGGACGCUUCGCCCCCGCUCCUUGUGACCGAAACAACGACGACGACUCAAGUCCUGACGACGACAACUACCCAUACCACUCAUUUCUUUUCGCUCCCGCUCUGGAAGAAGCGACCAUUAGCGGCGAGCUCCUCGUCCCCAACGAAUAGGGACAGCGUGGACCGCAGACCGACGGAGGAUGGAAGGCUGCGGCGAGAGCGCUUUCGGAGAAAGAUCUUCCUCCCACCCCUCCAGAGGAUCCAUUUGUGCCCGAUACACCGAGACCCCGCAACGACUCGGCCCAUUCAUACCGUGACGACUCGCCUGUACCCUCCCUAUCCGCAAGCAUCAGUUCCAGGAAGUCCCUCGCUUCAUCGCAACCAACCGCGAUCCUUGCGCGAGCAUCAUUUGGCCUUGGUCUCCCUCAUGCGUUGCGCGACCCAUCGUCCUCGGCGUCCUCGGCAACCUCCGACAUUAACACCGUCGCAUUCCUUACGCCACCUGAAAUGGACUCGCGUCGGAGGUCUAUACAGACUCCACGCCGUGCCAAAAGCUCAACUAAGCUUCGGGCGAUGUCGUCUCUAUAUGAGCCGGGGAUGGAGUUGGAGGGAUCGCACUCGGAGGGUGCAAAAGGCCGGAUUCGCGGUGUUUCACUGGGCAAUACCGCAAUUCUGAAUUCGGGCUACCCUGAUAUCAAGGGCAAAGGGAAGGAAGUAGAGGAAGCGGCCCCGUCCCCGAUGCCCAAGCCAGCGCUCGUCCGAAGAGCCUCCUUCUGGUCGCGCAAGAAGUCUACUCCUGCAGAUACCGCGCUACCGGCCCAUGUAGAGCAGCUGUACCUGCAGCCCUCGCCGCCUCCGACAUUGCCUUCCGUUUCACCGCUGAGCCCGUUUACGUUUGACGAUUUACAUAUGACAUCGUCAUCUUCUCGCACUAAGCAUUCUCGCGGGCUAUCGAGAAGCCACUCCGAGCGGUCCAAUGUCAUGGCACAGCCUUCUCCGAUGACAGAAAUGGCGCAACCGAUCCUGCGCAAGCCAUCGCGCCGACCGGCUACAGCGGACCCGUCCACUCGCAGCCCGACUACCUUGUUGAACUCUAUACCGUCGCAACCACCUCCACUUCCACCACAACCUGAUUCGUCGACGCUGUCUCCCGGGCCCAGUCGCCGCCCGCGCUCUCAGACGAAUCCUCCGUUACUUCACAGAUUGUCGCUGAAUCUAUUUUCCUCAUCAAACUCGCCGUCCGCGCUGCCCCAGAGCCCCUUACACGAUUCACCGAUCAGCUCACCCAUGGACUCUCCUCGGGCUUCUUUGCACAAGCCUGUCGUGAUUCCAAAACCAGAAACAGAACACGAGUCUCCCGAGAUCUAUCUCAAUCGUUUACUGCAAGCGGUCAGCAAGGCCGAAGUGGCCGGGAUCCUGGCGUCGAGUCCCGAUCCUUUCUAUGCCCAAGCGCUCCGGGCGUACAUAGGUCAUUUUGCUUUUGCUGAGGACCCGCUUGACAUCGCUCUACGCAAGCUGCUGAUGCACGUCGGACUUCCUCGGGAGACGCAGCAGAUCGACCGAGUGAUGGAAGCUUUUGCUAGUCGGUACCGCGAAUGCAACCCGAAUCUCUUCACCUCGGAAGACCAUCCCUACAUCCUCGCGUUCAGUCUGAUCAUGCUCCAUACCGAUGCCUUCAACAAAUCUAACAAGCGAAAGAUGACCAAAGCCGACUAUAUCAAGAAUACCAAACUUCCCGGCAUCCAUGCCGAGGUCCUCGAUGUUAGUGCAUGCUUUCUCGCAUAGCGAAACGCCGUGCUCAUCCGAACGUAGUGCUUUUACGACAACAUAGUUGUUACGCCAUUCAUUUUCAUCGAGGAUCCUUUGGAUGUCAACGGACAACGCGGGAUUCUGUCCGAUGGCACGCCGACUCGCAGCCAUUCCAUGGGCCACCCCCUUUCUGUCUCGUCAUCUGGCUCGCUCCUCCUCUCCAAAUCCAACAAAGUCGACCCAUAUUAUCUCAUUGCUAAUAAUCUGCUCGGUCCACUGCGCGUUGACGUCGAGUCUUACAUCCCUCGGGAGAAUCCAUAUCUAUUCCGAGGAACGGCUGGUCGCUGGGACGAGCAAGAGCUGCAACUCGCUUUUGCGAAAGCGAGUGUGAUCGAACUUGGCACGGAGAUCAACAUCAGGAGCACUGGAAUGCUGAACCUUGGCCCUGCUGGUACGGUUUCGCCGACACCGUUAUCUGUGUAUUCGGAUAUCUCGGUGCCUUCGAACGAGAUUUCGACACUGCGGGUAACCAAAGUUGGUGUUCUUCACCGGAAGGAUGACACGCUGGAAGGCGGCAAGAAGUCUGCCAACCGCAAGUGGAAGUCUUGGAGUGUCAUCCUCACCGGGUCGCAGCUGCUCUUCUUUCGCGAUCCAGCCUGGGCAGUGGGGCUUCUGGCACAAGCGCAGUCACCCCACUCUCCCGAGACGCAGUUCAUAUAUCCUCAGACCGCUUUCAAGCCCGACGAGUUGAUGUCUGUGAAAGAUGCGAUCGCCGUGUUUGACAAGUCCUAUGUCAAACAUGACCAUACUCUCCGGCUGGUCAUGGCCGAGGGACGUCAAUUUAUGCUUCAGGCUGCAGAUGACCGAGAAAUGAACGAGUGGAUUUCACGCAUAAACUAUGCGAGCGCAUUCAAGACUGCGGGUGUGCGCAUGCGUCCCUUGGCGAUGACUGGGAAAGAUGUGCAUCUCACGGGAGUUGCAGCCGCCACAUCACAUCUCCAUGACUUGCAGCAUGCGCAAACAGCAGCUCAUCGGUCUCGUAUGUGGGACAGCCAAACCACGCCUCGCGAGCUGAUGGACAUGAUGUCUGAAGUACCCUCGCCCACCAAACAGCGGCCCAUUCCUCGUCGGCGCUUGACCAUAGCCAGCAUCGACGAAGUCGAUCUCGACGUUCCAACGGCCCCGGAAGUGGAUGGCGCAGAUCAAUUCAAGGCGACUUUUGAUCAAGUCAAAGCUGCCCUCGCUGCGGGCAAAUGGGCCGACACCGACUCGCCCACGUUCGAGGACUUUUCGCCGUCCUCGUCACCCAGCAUAUCUAGACUACCGUCCCGGUCGCACAUCAUCCAGACCAAAAUCCGAGAUCUAGAUGCUAAAAUGUCAGCCACGCAAACUCAGCUGGACUCGGACCUGCGAUUUGUUCGCAAUAUUGGCACACUCACGCCGUUCCAGCGGUCAACCCGGGAUAGAUUGGUCAUCUCGGUGCAGAACAUGGCUAAACGUGUCAUGCAGGGCCGGCUCGAGCUCGCGAAGCUGACCUGUCACCGGCAGGUGUUGGCGAGUGAUCUCACUGCCGAGAGUCAGGACUGGAAUCAGGCGAGAAAACUUGCCUUGAAGGCCGCCACGGAAACUCUCCAGAUUCGCAACAGCGGUGAUGAACCUACGGACGAGACUGAGCCCGAAGCCGGCCAUCGCCGGUCGCUGGCAUCCUCCCAUCGACCGGACUCCACGGCCGACUCUUUCCAUUCUGCACUCGACUUUAAUGAUGAAGUGGCGUCCCCCGCUUCUUGGCCGCCAACAUGCGGAUCGACACGACGUCAAGCUCGCCGCGCAGCAGCGCAGCCUCCGCCAAUUCACUCUCCUUUUUCGAUGCCUCUUCUCCCGAUACCAGUCGGGUUUCGCUCUCUGCUGGGCCAGCCGACAGUCCGCAAGAAGCCUCCGGCUCGCACGAAAAGUUUUACACAGCCCUCGAAAGCCCAGAAGCGGCUGAGGAAUGGGACCAGACGAGAUGCGCCCAGCGCGUCUCUCUCGUGCGCGUGCCUUCGGACUUUCGCAUACGCUAUCAAAAAAGACCCCCUAAUCCAUAACCUAUCGUUUUAUAAUCCUAUCGUUAUUGCAUGUAUCCAUCCACCUUGUUUGUACAGAGGCAUUUGACACGCUAAGCACCCUCAAUAAGGCUGGCGCACGUGACCGUUCUCGACAUGAUGUCGGACACUUCCUCCAGGAAAAGAUCCAAGUGGGACGAAGAUGAUGACGAGCCUCCAGUCGCUAGCCCACCCCCAUUGAAACGGCGCACGAAACACAAGGCAACUUCUCACGCCGAAGCUCAGACGCGAUCUCAGACCCCUUCUACCUCGACUGUCCGUCCCAACCCAGUUCUUUCGACACACAGUCGCUUUGUACCGCCACGCACCCACCAUCCUCCCAUAGCACCGUCCCGGUCCGUAUAUUGCUACGAGCGACUGAAUCAGAUCGAGGAGGGCUCGUAUGGGGUGGUGUUCCGGGCACGGGAUAAACAGACGGGGGACAUCGUCGCGUUGAAGAAGCUGAAGCUGGACGAGGAAAAGAGCGGGUUCCCCAUCACGGCUCUGCGCGAAGUGAACGCCCUCAUGUCGUGUCGGCACGAGAACGUCGUCGGGAUACGGGAGGUCGUGGUCGGUGACACCCUCACGCAAGUUUUCGUGGUGAUGGACUUCAUAGAGCACGACCUCAAGUCCUUGCUCACCCAGAUGCCUGCGCCAUUCCUCCAAUCUGAAAUCAAGACGCUCUUGAUGCAGCUGUUAUCUGCUGUCGCACACUGUCAUGAUAACUGGAUAUUGCACCGGGAUUUGAAGACGAGCAAUUUGUUGAUGAACAACCGUGGCACGAUCAAAGUCGCGGAUUUCGGUCUGGCGCGGCGGUAUGGAGAUCCCGUCGGUGUAGGAGGAAUGACCCAGCUGGUGGUCACGCUGUGGUACAGGGCUCCAGAAAUACUUUGGGCGCGACGACCUAUUCUACGGCCGUCGAUAUGUGGUCUGUUGGGUGCAUCUUCGCUGAAUUGAUCUUGAAGGAGCCUUUAUUCCAAGCUAAAGGGGAGAUCGAAUUGCUUUCUAUGAUAUUCAAGCUUCUGGGUCCCCCAACGUCCGAUUCCUGGCCCGAGUACUCCUCUCUACCGCUGUCCAAAACUUUGUCUCUGCCGUCUCCGCAGCCAUCUCAGUUCCGACAAAAGUUUCCAUACCUGACUUCGAGCGGAGUGGAUUUGCUGAUGUCGAUGCUCACCUAUGAUCCAGACCGCCGGAUAACAGCUGAGGAGGCGUUGCAGCAUCCGUACUUCACCGAAUCGCCGUUUCCUAAGCAUCCUGAUCUCUUCGGCUCUUUCCCCUCUGCUGCCGCUGGUGAAAAAAAACGCAAGCCGUUCAGUCCGUCGGCGCCUGCGAGAGCUGCCGACUACAAACUUCUCAUGGAUUUCGAUGUGCCCGAUGGAUUGUAAAAUUUGGAAUCUAUUCAGGUGCUCGUACUUCCUGUUCAAAACACUUGAUCAAUCCAUCUCGGUUGGCUCCGACAGCCCAGCUCAUUCCGUCGAGUUGCUUGCUGCUGUCAAAGAAGGGCUGGACACAAGUCUUUGCCAUGGCAUCAAACAGGUCUGAUAAGAUCCAAGAUAAUCUGGGGCCAGUCAGCUCAAUGGCAGGCUCCGCGUUGAUUUCCAGCAAGGACACAUUGAAUCGCG